UCAACAGCCAACAGCCAACAGCCAACAGCCAAGAGACAAGUUCACUAUAAACUUUAAUAUGCUUGGCGGCGUUUAGCAUAGACUCUUAAUAUACCGAUGCAUAGCCGAGUUCCGCAUUAGUAUCUAAAACCACGCGUAGUGAAACAAGUUCUGGAGUUGCAACUCAAACUUGAGAAUAAAAAAUUAUUUAACGUUGCUUGACUAAGCCAAUGGAAAUUAAUACAGACAACAAUAAAAUUAAGUAAAUGAAAGCGAAACUAAAAAUUCGAAAACAAAAGUGAAGAAGAUGCUGAGACAUUUUGACGCGUAAAAUCGUGUGUGUUAAUGUUAUUACUGAGAUCGUUGCAUUUAAUGACAAUAACAGAGCAGCAACGAAAUUACAGAAAAUUACCGCUCGCAUCCGCAGCAUAAUAAAGCAAAAUUACAAGAAAGUGAGGGAAAAUUGCUUUGCUAUUGCGCAUUUUUCAUAUACAAACGAUAGCAUAUAAAUACUUGACAAAAGAGGCUACAUACCUUAAUUACAUUAUGCAUACUGUGUGACAAAGUGAAACCUAAAUUUGGCAAUUCAACGAAAAAGCUCAAUGACAAACAAAUAAAAAAAAUUAAAAAUAAAAUAAAAUUGAAAAUAAAAUAAAAUAAAUAAAAAAGAAACACGCGACGAGAAUUGCGAAGCACAAUAUCUGUAAGAAAGAAGUACAUGUAUGAAAUGCAAAAUAAAUCUAUACAAAUGCAAAAAUAACAAAAACCAAGUAGAAUAAACCCGUAUGUGUAUACUUCAAAAGUGCUAAACAACCAAAACAGCCGAAAGCAAAAGCAGCACAACGUCACAGUACGAGAGCGUUGAGCAACCCGCCAAUGACCGGCUAAACAAAAAGAAUCUCAUUUCAGGCAGUUUGACCAUUUCGCUUUUUGCGCUCCAAGAGUCAAGUGCAUGCGCUUAGAGAACAACGCGUUUACAUACUUACAUACAAAGAUAUUUACAAAACGAAGAGUCAUUUGUUAUUAAAAUUUUUACACGCCACUUGCAGGUCAAAAACUAAAUUACCUGCUACUAACCGCGUACUUACAUUAACAGAUACUUAAGUAGAACUAUAAUUACUAUAACUACCAUAUAUAUUGUACAAUCACCAUGUCCAACAUGCCAAGUAUUAGCGAUGCACAGGAAACUGCCUUGAAGCAGUUCCGCAAAAGUGUUUCCGAUGUGAUCAAUGAAACCCAUGAUGAUUACUUUCUCCUACGUUGGCUACGUGCACGAAAAUGGGACCCAGAGGCUGCCGAGGAAAUGCUGCGGGCGAGUCUGAAGACCCGCGCUAUGUGGAAUGUGGACAACUUGGAGAAGUGGGAUGCGCCGCGCGCCCUCAAAGAAUAUCUGCCCUACGGUCUAAUAGGCUAUGACAAUGAAGGCUCGCCAGUUAUUGUCUGUCCAUUUUAUAAUUUUGACAUUUGGGGCAUGCUACAUUGCGUCACACGCUUCGACUUCCAACGCUACUUGGUGCUGCUGCUGGAGCGUUUCAUGCAAGCCGGCUACGAGCAGAGCAAAACACAUGGUCCACAGGCACGUCAGCUAGUCGUCUUCUUCGAUAUGGCCAACUUCAAUUUGAAGCAGUACGCGUGGCGUCCGGCAGCCGAGUGCGUUUUAUCUACGGUAAAGCAAUACGAAAGCAACUAUCCGGAAUUGUUGAAAAUGUGCUACAUAGUCAAUGCACCCAAACUGUUCUCUGUUGCCUUUAAUUUCGUCAAAAGGUUUCUGGACGAAUACACAAUGAGUAAAAUAAAAAUAUACAAGAACGGUUCAGAUAAGUGGAAGGAGCCGCUGUUCUCCCAUGUCGAUCCAAAUAUAUUUCCCAAAUGCUUUGGUGGUAAAUAUGUGGAUGAGAAUGGUGAUCCAGAAUGCAAAUCGAAGAUAAUUUGGGGUGGAAAAAUUCCGCAAGACAUGUUUGUCGAGCAAGGCACUGAAGAUAAUGAUAAAGACUAUACCGAGACCACAAUAAAUAAAGGCAACAAACUAAAACUGGACUUUUAUGUAGAUGAAAAGAAACAAGAAAACUUAGUGUUAUCAUGGGAUUUUCGCACCUUCGACUACGACAUCAAAUUCGGUAUAUACAGCAUUGACAAGUCGUCUGGUGAGAAGCGUAGCGAAGUGGCGCUCGGCACAGUCUAUUCCAACGAGAUGGACGAAGUGGGCUUCAUCUCAACGCGACCCAAUACGACAUACACCGUUGUCUUUGAUAACUCACACAGCUACUUGCGCAGCAAACGUCUACGCUAUUGGGUGGAUUUAAUCUCGGACGUUGACGACAUUACCGAGCUUUCGGCGCAAGUGCAGCAAACCGAUAUUGUGGAAAAGAACGGCGCUUAAACGCUGGAGUUAUUAGGGAAAUGGAAUAGUGGGCGAACAUUGCGAUCGAAGAGUCGGCUGGGAUGUGAUAAAUCUAUGCUAGCAAACCAAAUAUGCAGACGGAUUCCACGCACAGUAUAUCGAGUCAUUUUUUACUAACGUAACAAAUAUUGUAAGAAGCCAAAUAAGAAAGACAAAAACAAAAACAAAAACAAAAA